UUAAAACUAUUUAUGUAUGGAUAAGUUAAGUAUGUAUACAAGAACGAUAAUUAAAAUUGAACACAUCACACUGUUAAAGUAUAUUCAUACCUAAAGCAACACAUUCUCGUGAAAACUAGAAAACUGUGUGUUAAGUUCUAUUUUUUAGUAAAGUUAUAUUAAGAAUUUUUAAACCUGAUUAUCACUCCCGUAAUUUCAUUAAUAGAUUGCGCUUCCUUCUCAGUGCUUCAAUUUAGUUGUUGCGAUGUUUUUAAUUGUGUUGUAAAUAAUCAAAGAUAAAGCUGUUGAAAGUUAUUGUGUUUUAAAACUUUAAUUAAUAGUUGUUAAAAUGGAAGUGUCAAAUGAAAUAAAAGAAGAUAUCCGUAAAACUCAAACGGACUUAAAAAAUGCGAUACGAGUUCAUCAGGUGUGGGUUUCACGAUUACAUGAAGAUGAAAACAAUGUUCUUUUUAAAACAAAGGUCAAAGAAGCUGAGAAUGAAAUCAUUGCAAUUGGACAUGCACAAAAGCUGGUCGUAGAUAGACUCAGGAGAGAACUAGAACUAUAUCAGCAAUGCUUAAAAUCUAGAAAUAAGCAGAUUAAUAUGGACAAUGACAAUCAAUAUGUAGCUCAGCAGCUAAGGGACCAUCAACUUCAAUAUAAUGGAAAGAAUAGAAAAAUAUCACUUCUUAAACCAUCAGUACUUACUGAAAUACAUAUAAAGACUGAGAAUCACAAUGAUGCCAUAAAAGGAAGCAUAUCUGAUUCAGAAAAUGAAUUGAAAUCUUCCUUAGAAAAGGAUAACUCCAACAAUAGUGAAAGUGAUGAAAAAGAAAAAUAUCACAGAAAUUUUGCCCAGUAUCAUAAUUCUGUACAAGAUAGUAGGAGUAAUUUUGUUAAUGCUCUGAAGAAAGUCAAGGAAACACUUGUCAAAGAUCACAGUGAAUGGCAUGAACCAAGAUCAGAUACUGAUUCAUCAAACGCAGAGCAAUCUCCAAGUCCAUCACCUCCACCCCUAGAGCCUGUGUCUCAGGAAACCUUUAUGAUGCUCCUCGGUUUGGUGACGCCGUACCAUAGGGAGCUUCUGGAACGCAAAAUUGAAGAACGACGCAAGAGGGCUUCUGAAAACAAACCUGAUUUUGUGUACGCAAAUUAUGAAAUGAUGCCGAAGCGUAAGAAAUACAAUCAGUUUUCAUAUCUUCAGUCGAAUAAUGAUCCACCACAAACUCGUUCAGCAAAACUACGUAAGCAACUGUCGUCACAAAACAAAUCGUCAAGAGAAGGCUCGCCGUCAGGUUCGUCAACCGAAAACAAAGCGGGUUGGAGUAACAACAAGCCAGCGUGGGUUGCGUCUUUGCCGCCAAGUUUGUCUGUCGAGCCCGUAUAUCCUUCGACGAAGAAAGUUUGUCACGGCUGCGGAAGGAACGAUGUGCCGUCGCUGUUGGUGUGGUGUGCGGGCUGCAACAUAUGGAUGCACACGGGGUGCGGCGCGGACGGGAGGUGCGGGGCGUGCCGCGCCCCGCUCCCCGACCCCGCGCACCUGCCCCCCGCGCACAGACCCGAACAACUACUCGACGACUCUCUGUACAGAAAUAAACUGGCCGAACGCAAAAGCCUUCAAGAGCGAAACAUAAAGCUGUGCGUCGAGUUACGGAAACUGGAAACCCGAGCUGCCACGCUCAAGGCGAAUCUCGACGAGCACAACGCGGAAAAGCGGCAACUGCUCGCCGACCAGAUCAACACGCAGAGAAACCUCCAGAAGCUUCUGGACUUCAUCAGCCAGUUCAAGGAGACGUCGAUAAGCAUGCGCUCGACUUCCGCGAGCGACUCCAGCAGCGAGGUCAGCAAAAGUAAUGAGGAAUGAAGUCCUUAGAACAUCUGAAGCGUCUCUAUGUUGUGAAAAUCUGUUUACCGUUGUUACAAGAUCAAUAGAAUGAAUUUCGUGAAAAACAUUUCAUAUCCUUAUACCGUUGUUUCGUUAGUGUUUAAUUAUUAUUUUUAAUUGUUAGCUUUAUUAAUUGAAUAUUUUUAAAUAUUAAAAUUGUUUAGAAAAUUUAAGAAACU